AUGUGUCGAAUAUCGGGCGGGCAGAUGAUCGUUUUCAUACUGUGCGCUUUACCUGCUUCACUUGCUCUGGAUUGUUUGGUUGCGAAAGAUGUUGGAGUCGAAUGCGAUAAACCAACACAGAGAAUGUUCUAUUACGACAGUCAUUACAAGGUAUGUCAACCGUUCCAAUACCGUGGAUGUGGUGGGAAUUCGAAUCGUUUCUCAACCGCUCAGGAAUGUCGUGAACAAUGCCCGAACGGGGGCACAAGCGGGACAACCACAAUGUCACCUGUUCUAGCUGGAAGUGAUGCCGUCUUCAUUCCAAGAGGAAAUUCUCACGAUCAAUGGAUGAAAGCUGAAAAAUGUGGCUCGAACUAUUUGAUACCAAAUGCACAGUACAUUCGACCGAAUCCCUCUUGUCCUCCCAAUCACUCUUUGGAGAAUGGAGUGUGUUGUCCCACGAAAGAUUAUGUGUGCUCAUUACGAGAUGAUUCCGGAUCAUUCAUGGACGGGAUAGAGGAUAGACCUAGGUUCGCAUGGAACCAUGCGGUGAAAUCAUGCGAUCGCUUCAGUUACUUCGGCUGGGGUCGCCGCUUUGGUGGCUACCCUGGUGGCGGUUGGGGUGGUGGAAACGGAUACGGAGGUGGCGUGAAUCAAGGAUAUUACGGCGGAUACAAUCCAUACCAACAGUCUGGCGGAUGGGUCCGUCGUUCCUCGUCUUCCCACGAACACUGGCGCCGACAUCAUUGGGGUCGUGGUUACGGUGGCUACGGAGGUUGGGGCGGUGGUUACGGUGGUGGUGUAUAUCCAGGAUACUAUGGCGGAUACUAUCCAUAUCAGCAAUAUGGUGGAUGGAUAGAAAAUCCGUUUCCGCUUUCGCCUCAAAUAUUUUAA